GAGUACGAAGGUCAGUGGGUGAUGAUAUGUAAACGUCCACUCCCAUCGCAGUUUACAACUGUCACUCAUUCUGCUGGAGACUGGAGACAACACACACACACACACACACACCACCAUGAAACAACUGGUCAUAUUUGGGGCUUUAGUUUUUGCUACAUUCAACAUGGUUCACAGCGAAGAACCACCAGAGCACUGUCUCCUACCACAGGACGUGGGUACAGCUCCGGCCUCAGGAGCGGAUGACUUCCAGAUCCUGCUGUAUUACGACGCAGCUAAAGACCUGUGCUACCCCUUCAAGUACCUGGGAGAGGGGGGCAACGCCAAUCGAUUCACCCUGGAGAAGCUCUGUAUGAGAAACUGCUCCAUCAAGGCAGAGGAGACCUAUCCUAUGGAAGAGUCAAAAGCCUGCCACUUCCAUAAGGCUCUGGGUGAAUGCUUCGGCACCUACCUGCGUUACUACUACGACCCCAUCCAUGAGAAGUGUAAGAAGUUCCACUGGACUGGCUGUGUGGGGAACGGGAACAGGUUCAUCGACCAUCAGGCCUGCAACGCCACCUGCGCUGGGAUUCACGAUGAAGGUACUGAGAAGGAGGAGGAUGAGCCCGAUACUCCUAUUGCCCUGAUUCUGGGAGUGGUGUUGGGGAUCACGGGAGGAAUAAUUAUCGGAGUCGUUAUUUUCCUGGUGAUACAGAGCAACAAGAAUCACAAACGUGAACCAAAGAAAGUGAAAGAAACCAAGACGGAGGCACCACUGCAACAGGAGCCAAUCGAGAUGGCAUAGAGACGAGAACACCGGAACGACUGGAAACGCCGUAGAAAUGAGACUGGCUAGAACGCAUGAUCCCAUUCAAGUCCACUUUCCAUUUUAAGUGUACCCAUGCCAGUUGUUGUAUUUCUAGGGGAAACACCAGGCGGGGCCCCUCACCUGAAUGGCCGCUCUCAGGUUGAUUUAAUAGAGGAAUGUAGAUCUACAACUUAACAACCCUACAAUGUAAUGUCAUGUUUCCAUCAUGUGUUAUCAGAUUAUUCAACAAAUCCUUGUUUGUGGGUUGGAGGAGUGGACAAUGAGAGAGUCAUGUGUUAUUUACCUUCACUAAUGCAGGCCUGGCUAUUUUCCUCACGGUUACGUUUAAAAUGACUCUCAAUUAUCUUACAACGUGUAUAAGGAUUUCUGCACUCUCGUCUUUUACAAUAUGACUGUGUUUAUUUCAGGUAUAUUUGGUAACUGCUAAGGAUUUCUGCACUGCUCACAUCACCUCCACGGGACACUGUUGUUUAGUAAUUAGAUUACAGCAUCGUGUGUUUUUAUUGAACUCCUCAGCGUGCGACAGGGUUCUUCUGAUAUUCCCGAUAGUUCUUCUUGCGGAAUGUGCGUUUUAUUUUACGUGCUACCUUCUGUUUAUGUUUGGUCUGUAUCAACGUUCACAUUGGUUUUGUUCCAACUACUGUAUGUAACAUUAUUGUAAGGCAAUGAUGUGAGAAUGAACCAAAACACUGUUUUAAAAAUAUAUAUAUUAUGGGACUGAGAUGAUAUCGUCCUUCAACAGUUUUUACCCA